GAGUCAGGAAUAUUACCCGAUUCUAUCUCUGCGACUAAGUUUGACAUUAAUCAGCUAGUCAAGUUACAAGAUCGUGAUUAGUCGAUCGGCGGUUUCUAAAUUUAAUCGAUGAUCCACCUCUGGGAUUUCACAAAAUCCAUUGGCUUCUUCUCUGAUUGUUCUUGGCAAUAAUCGAAAGGUUUCACAUUUGUGCUCUUGGGUUCCUAACUUUGGGUUUUAGGGUUUCUUGGUCGAUGUGAUGAGUCACCGGCGAGAUUCCCGCGGCGAUGCUGUUCACGUGAGAUUCACCGACGACACUCCACCGGAGAAUCGGUUUCCGUAUCCCGGCGACAAUUCCGUCUGGGCCACUGAGGAUGAGUACAACCGUGUCUUUACAAUCAACCCCGACGACGCAGAGCUUCCGAGCAAGAAAACACGGACUUCCUCCUCCACCGGGAUCGGGAAAUCGUUCUUCAAGACGAAGCUCUGCUUCAAAUCCCGCGUCGGAACUUGUCCCCUCGCCGCGAGCUCUUGCCAUUUUGCUCACAGCUCGGAAGAGCUCCGUCGUCCACCGCCGCUGCCUAAUCGGCAGGAGACUGCGACGGAGGCUUCAAGAAACAGAGAAAGCUUUGCUAUGAGUUUCGGCCCUCGUGGUUAUGGUGGUGCUGCUAGUGAUGGUGGCAAUGUUGCUCAGACUUUGAAGCCUCCAAAUUGGAAGACAAGGAUUUGCAAUAAGUGGGAGAUUACUGGGUAUUGUCCUUUUGGUACUAACUGCCAUUUUGCUCAUGGAGCUUCAGAGUUGCACAAUUUUGGUGGAGGCCUUGUUGGAGGAGAAGGUAAGAUCGGAACAUCCAUCACUCCCGACAUAAAGCAGACGGGACAAGUAGACACAGUGGCAAACCUCAUUUCUCCCGGAGUCCCGCCUCAACGGACAUCUAGUGCCGUCAUGCAGAAACCCAACGGGGUCAGAACUCAACGGAAAUGGAAAGGACCGGAUAAAAUCAGUCGGAUUUAUGGUGAUUGGAUCGAUGAGAUUGAAUAAUGCAUAUUUUUCACUGAUUUGUUGACCAAGGUAUAGCCUAGUUGUAACUAUGUGGACAUACUAGCAUCCUCACAUAACAAAGACAACAAAAGAACUUGCUCUUCUUUCUGUUGUAUCAUCUUAAUGAUCUCUUUCUAUGAUGCCAAUUCUAAAUCUGAUCAUGUAGCAGCAGUUUAAACCGAGUAAAUCAUGUUUCGUA